CUCAGUUCCACUCGCUGCUUUUGCCCGUCUGUAACAACAGCAGCAUCAGACAAGAGAUAACCUAAUGAUGGAAGAAUUUGAAGACAGUGAUGCUCCUCCUGCUGUGGAUCUGACUCAGUGUGGCACCUGUCAAAGAUGGUUCUUCCCUAAAGUCCUGGAGAAGCAUGCGAAAAUCUGCCAGAAGUCCGCAACCAAAAGGAGGAAGGUUUUUGACUCUAGUCGACAGAGAGCUGAGGGUACAGACCUCCCCACGCUCAAACCCAUCAAACCAAGGGCACUUUCAAUUGUAUUUCAGUCAAAAGGUUCCUCUUCUACUGGGAAACCAGAACCUCCUAAGAAGCCAUCCAACUGGCGCAAGAAACAUGACGACUUCAUCGCCACCAUCCGGGCUGCCAAGGUCAUCACUCAGGUCAUGAAGGAUGGAGGACCACUACCCCCACCUCCUCCUCCUACGUAUGACCCAGACUAUGUCCAGUGCCCUCACUGUCAGCGGAGGUUCAAUCAGGGUGCAGCUGACAGACACAUGAAGUUCUGCCAGGAGCAGGCCGCCCGAAUGCCCACCAAGGGCAAGUUAGGAGAGGCCAAGAAGGCUCCUGGUCGCACACCGAGCAAGCCUCCUGCUCCUGUUAAGAAGGCCAACUCUCCUGCUGUGUCAAGCAUCCCUUCACCCUCCUCUCGUUUACCCCAGAGAUCAGGCCUCGGACAGCCCACUGGGAUCCCAUCUAGUAAGGCCUCUUCUGCAGGUUCAGUAAGGAGUAAUCCCUCUGGCCUCACAAGCCCUCCAUCAGGUGUGGGAAUUAAGACUCGAGCGGUCUGCUCUGGCUAUGGCCCUGUGAGGAACACUCAGUCGGGAACAGCAAUCAACAAGAAGAAAGUAGACACCUACAUAUCUCGGAAUGAUGUCAAUGACGGAUUGGACAACGGUGGGAUGAAGAACAAAGUCUGUCAUGCUUGUGGGACCAAGUACCCGGUUGAAUCCGCCAAAUUCUGCUGCGAGUGUGGGGUCAGGAAGAUGUGUAUUUGAUGGAGGUCAGGAGAGGGAGAAACUAGAAAUAUAUGGGGAUGCACUGGUAUUCAAACUAGCAUCGGAGAGGUUCACCAAAGCUAAUCAGUCUUUAUUUGCACGCUUGUGGGUCUAAUUUCACGGCAGUAAAGUGGUCUACGGUGUUUUCUUUUUUUCGUGGCUGUUUAGUCUUCAUGGAAUUUGCUGGUCCAUGCCACUUUAUUCAGAUUGUUUUUAGUGCGUCCUGCUUCAUAGUAUACAAUUCUUGAUCAGUACACAUUCUUCCAUUUGCAUAUCAUAAAUAUAAUAAACAUAAUCCACCAUCAAUUUAUAGCAUUUAGUCACUACGGUUACUGUGUCUUGCGGCUGAUAGAUUUCAGUGACAAAACUGAUCUGGUAUAAAGUUAUGUGAAACUGUGUUAAAGUUCAUGAUACCAUUAGCUGAUGUAGCUAAUGAUACAGGAACAACCUCAUUAUUGUCAGUUAACCCUCCUUCUUACUGCGGGUACAGCAUCGCGGCUGAUUCCAACCGCUCAUACACAUGAACAUUAUUGCUGUGAAACUAGAGGGAUUGACAACUGGACAAUAAUUCAGUUAAGCUGAGUCACUAUCAGCAACUGAAAGCCAAUAGUGCAUCCUUAGAAGAGAAUAGAUAUGAGUAAGAGAGAGAAGAGGUAGGUUGUAAAAUUUGAAUCAGGAGGUAAAGGGCUAGUGUUGGGUGACUCAUUGGAAGGUGUGUGUGUUAUUGCAAACUGUAUCUCAAUCCCAGUCAACCUUGAUCUGAAAUGCAUUCCUUAAUCCCAUUUGCCUUUGCUUCCUCAUAAAGAAAAUAUGUUCCAAUUGAAGUGCAAUAUGAUUCACUACUGAAGAAAAUAGUGUGGUGUUCUAGAAAAUUUCAGAAAGAUUUCACCUUGUUUGUCUGAAACUGAACCGGCUGUUAAAAAGGUCAGUGCUCCCUUUAAAGCAACAUUUGUUCCCAGCUCUCCUGUGGUUACCCUCACGGGCCUGAUUUCUCAAGAAAUAUGUAGUAUUUACUCAAACCUGUUUAUCCCCCUUGAUUUUAUAUACAGUGCAAUUCAUUAUUUAUUUUCUUAAUCCAUUUUAAUUUUACUGAAUGAAAAAUGACUGCAUCUCUUUUGUUAAUGCUCAAUGGAAUUAAAAUG